AUGGUUGAGCCCUUCUUAGGGACCUGGAAGCUGGUGUCCAGUGAAAACUUUGAGGAUUACAUGAGAGAACUGGGAGUGGAUUUUGCACCCCAGAACGUGGCAGGGUUAGUGAAGCCAACCAUCACUAUUAGUGUGCAUGGGGAAGUGACGAACUUAAGAACAGAAAAAAGUCCUUUCAAGAACACUGAGAUCUCCUUCAAGCUGGGGGGAUUUGAUGAGACCACAGCAGACACCCGGAAAGUAAAGAGCAUUAUAAACUUAGAUGGUGGCGCAAUGAUUCACGUCCAAAAAUGGCUUGGCAAAGAGACAAUGAUCAAAAGAAAAAUUGUAGAUGGAAAAAUGGUAGUGGAAUGUACCAUGCAUAAUGUUGUCAGCACCAGAAUCUAUGAAAAGGUGUGA